UGUCACUAGAGGUCGCUGUUUCCACACACUUGCUCUCUGUCUCCGCAGUGCUGCCUGUCUACGAGGAGUGCGUUUGAUUGUUGCAGGGCUCAAUGGCGGACAGAGCAGGAUAGUUGCGCUAGCACCGAGGACAAUAACAUCUCGACUGUGUGAAUUCCUGGCGUGACUUGGUCCGCCGCUGCGUGCCCUCGUUUGCAACGGUUCUAACGGGCUCUCCUUUGCACCAACGUUAAAUACAAAGUCGCCGCAGCUAUUUUCUGCUUGUCUUCUAGCAUUCCUGAGUUUCCAUCCUAAGCGGAGAAGUUACACUGUUCAUGGUGGCUCACUGAAGGCUAGCUCGCGAGCAAACCAUGGGGGACUCUCUUGAAUUGAUAGGGAAGCGCCUGCUUUUGCUCCUCGACGACGGCAGGUCGGCGAAUGGAUCCGAGCCGGAGCAGGCUGCCUGGGCCCGGGACUGGCUCCGGGGAACAGUGCGGGCAGUGAGCGUCAUCGGCCUGGCUGCUUCGGAGGUUAGCGGAGGAGAGGCGACAACAACAACCACUGCUGCUGCAGCAGGACUGACGGUAUUUGUGGAGUUUGACAAUGUUCUGCAGAGGUGUUCUUGGGUGCAGGUGUAUGAUGAGGGGGUGAAAGCCGUGUUGGUGGAAGACUCCAUUGUUUGGGCCAAUCCGAGUGAUGGUACUGGGACUGCUGGAGCCCCAGCAUCAGCCACAGCCUGGCCUGCUCUGGUCUUCCGCUGCCUGGUGGACAGAGUGGGUUUAGGAUCAUUGGUUCCUGUGGAGUAUUUUGGAAACAAGAAUUUUGAGUUCCUGCCUGAUAAGAAAACUGUCCAGAGGUUUGAGGUUGAUAAAGACAUAAGACACCCUUUGCUGUUGGAGCAGCCCUCCCUGCAGGCUGCCAUCUCCAGCUGGCGUACUGACUUUGAACUGCAGGAGAUCUUCAGGAAGGGUUCAUACACUAUUCAAGGACGCAGGGUUCGCGUUUACCAGCCGGAGUUUGAGGAGUGCUGGGCUACAGGACUGGUCUCACAGCACGAUCCUAUCUCACACAUAAUGGAGAUUACCUUAGAUAAGGGAGAAGAAAACCAGAUGGUAGAUCCUCGUGUGAUACAUGUCAUGCUGACAGAGGAGGAGCUUGGUAAGAAUGGGCGGCGAAGGAAGGACAGUGAAACAAUGAAGGGUGACAGUGGACGCAGACGUAGGACUGCCUCCGAAGGUGAGGAUGACUUGAACUUGAAACGUUUUAAAGGAGCAGGAGAUACGGAAGCUGAUGGGCAAAACUGUGGCGAUUCCAACAAAACUCCAGUGGAAGGGAUGGUGCUCUGGGGUGGCGACUCAGGAGAACGAGUCAGCAGCACAACCAAAAACGGAAGCUCUUCAGAAGGAACCUUUCCUCAGGGCAGAGUGUCGUCGCCCAACACCAAUUCCUCACUCCAGAUGGACCAGUUGAACGCUGCUCCUCUUCGUUAUCCUGCCCACGUCAAAGAAAAUGGUCGCUUACUCUCCACACAAGGGGCAGCGGACUCCACCACUGCCAUUACUCACACCCCCACCCCUCCUCCCCUCAAACCAGCCCCCUCUCCCUUCUCCCCCACAUCUUUCCCCUCACUAGGCCAGAUGCCUAGCCUGGUCCCUGGAGCUCCAGCCCCCAAGGCCUCCCCAUCCCCCCAGCCAGAUCGAGAGGAGGCCUCCCAAUCAGCUUAUUCCAAAACAGCUGCUCUUGUUUCCCCGGGGCCUGUCACAAUUUCCUGGUCGCAUGACAGCGGCCCUAGUGUGGCCCUUUCUGCUUCUGUGGGUUUUAGUCCUAAAGCCCCCACCUGGGGAAGCCACACUGAGGGCUCUAAAACGGCGUCAGGUUUUCGUUUGCCCCAGACCGUGCCCACUGCUUCUGUAUUUGGAGAUGUUACUUCUCAGACCAAUGGAUCUCCUACUACAACAACAACCUCCCAGGACACUCCCAGGCCAUUUGGCUUUGGCUUUGGCGGAGCAAAGAAUGAGACUCAAUACCAGCAAGACCAAAACUUGUUUUUUCAGUGCAUGACCCAGAAUUCUGGGUCCAGCCCAAGCCUAGCUGCUUGUCAUACCCAGUCCAAGGACACCAAUUACUUCACCGCAGUGUCUGAGAGCCUGACUAAAGAGCCCCUAAGCCUUUUCAAGCCUGCAACAACCACUGAAGGGCUGAAAAAGCCCGAGCAGCCCAAAGUGCCUGAGACCCAUUCAACGGGAAAUGGUGUGCUCAACAAAUCGUCAUCGGCCUUCCAGGGCACGGGUGGCUCUGCAGCAGGAAGAGGCUCUGGUCUAAGUAUUGGUGGUCUGGCUGCAGCCUCUGGAGCUCAAAAUACUUCUAAGAAGAGCAGUAAUAAUGGUACUUCUGUGGGGGGCUUAGGGCUGCAAUCUGGAUUUAAUAUUUCAGAUAGCCACCAGAACCUUUUUCUGCAGGCCUCCAAAGAGCCCGCUAAUCCAUUUCUGGCAUAUGGGGACAAAACCUCCCACACCUCCUUUGCUGGCCUAACAGGGGCUGAGCCACAGACCCUUGGUCCUGCCUCGGACUGCAAGCCAAACCUGUUCACUAUGGCAGAGCCACCUAAGGGGAUUCUGUCUUCCCCCUUCCCAGCCCUCUCAGCAACUGCUUCGCCCAGCUCUUCUUCCUCUCCAGCACCGACCUCAUCACAGAGGUCACAAAGUGAAGAGACUUUGACAAAGGAGGAGCAAGAUGUUGGGGAGAUACCUACAUCCACCUCAGGCUGCCCAAUGUUUGGAAGCACUGAACCUGGUGGAAUGGAGGAGGUCCCUGUGUCCUUUGACCAGAGCCAGUCUCAGAAGUUUACCCUGGAGGAAAGAGGCCAAUCAUCCAAACGUGACUCUGACUCCAGCAGCAACAGUGACCUGUCAGACCUGAGUGAGAAUGAGGAGGGCCCAGAGAAAGGCCAAAUCCCAGGAGGAACACCACACCCUGCCAAGGAUGGGGCCAUGUUGCAGAAAACGAAGGUCCUAGUGGCUGUUAAGGGCCGUCCACGUAACAAGCCUUUCAAAGUGGGCCAGUCUGUACUAAAAGACCAGAGCAAAGUGCGUCGUCUAAAGCAGUCUGGUGAGUCUUUUCUCCAGGAUGGCUCCUGCAUCAACGUGGCCCCUCACUUGCACAAGUGCCGCGAGUGCCGUCUGGAGCGCUACCGUAAAUAUCGUGCUACAGACGAAGACAGCGAUGAUGACGACGACCCAAAUGUGGCCUGUCGGUUCUUUCACUUCAGAAGAUUGGCUUUCACUCGCAAAGGUAUACUGCGCGUGGAAGGCUUCCUUAGUCCUCAGCAGAGCGAUUCCAUGGCCAUGGGUCUGUGGCUACCUGCACCAGCUGUCCAAGAGGGCCUUGACCUUGAUACAUCCAAGUACAUCCUGGCCAAUGUUGGAGACCAGUUCUGUCAGUUGGUCAUGUCUGAGAAGGAGGCCAUGAUGAUGGUGGAGCCUCACCAGAAAGUAGCAUGGAAACGUGCAGUGCGAGGUGUCAGAGAAAUGUGUGACGUGUGUGAGACCACGCUGUUCAACAUCCACUGGGUGUGUCGCAAGUGUGGCUUUGGAGUGUGUCUGGACUGCUAUCGGUUCCGCAGGAACAGGCCAAGGGAAGAUGUAGAUGAAGGUCCCGAGGAUGAGGUUUUCUCUUGGUUGAAGUGUGCCAAAGGCCAACCUCAUGAGCCACAGAACCUUAUGCCUACGCAGAUUAUACCUGGGACAGCUCUUUACAACAUAGGUGACAUGGUGCACUCAGCGAGAGGCAAGUGGGGUAUUAAGGCCAAUUGUCCCUGUACCAGUCGACACACCAAGCCUCUAGUACGCCCUAGUGCCCCCAAUGGGAUUUCACAGUCUACAACAAGCAGUAGUGGCGUCCUCGCAGCUUCUGGUAUUGGCACCCCCCCAAAAUCAGAGGGAGAAACAGCAGCGAUCAAAACAGAAACUACACAAACAGCCGCACCAUCAGACAGUGGGGGAGGAGAAAGUGUGGGCAGUACCAGUAACUCCACUAGCAGUACAUCCUCCCCCUGUAACCUCACUCAGUCCUCUGCCAAAGAGCCACGCUCAUCAGGAGAGGGCAACAGCUCUGCUCUGCACUGGUUGGCAGACUUGGCCACACAGAAAGCCAAGGAUGACACCAAAGAAUCUGGUUCACUUCGCUCCAUGAUGAGUCGAGACAGCCGGCCUCCCUUUGGCCUGGACUCACUCAGUGCCCUGUCAAAGCCUUCUGCCUCCAGCCCUAAGCUAUUUAACAGUCUGUUACUGGGCUCCAGCAUGGCCCAGUCCAAACCUGAAGGGUCCAGUCUCCGGGACCUGCUCAACUCCGGACCGGGCAAACUCCCCCAGGGGCCUGGAGAGAGUGGGGUACCGUUCCCCUCUGUGUUUACCUCAGCAGGCAGUGACAAGCUGAAGAGCAGCCUCCCAAACUUCCUGGAUCACAUCAUCGCCUCGGUUGUAGAGACCAAGAAGGCAGAAGGCCGUCGGACCGGGGCCUCUGAGAGUGGCGAGCUUGGUGUGUUGGGGAGCCGAAAAGACGGAGUAAUGGGCCUUAGUGUUUUGGAACCACAUACCUCACACUCCUGGCUCUGUGACGGACGACUCCUCUGCCUACAGGAUCCCAGCAACAGCAACAAUUGGAAGAUCUUCAGAGAGUGCUGGAAGCAGGGACAACCCGUGUUGGUGUCUGGGAUACAUAAACGCCUGAAAGGUGAUUUGUGGCGGCCUGAUGCUUUCAGUAGGGAGUUUGGAGACCAGGAUGUAGACCUUGUCAACUGUAGAAACUGUGCCAUCAUCUCUGAUGUGAAGGUGCGAGACUUCUGGGACGGCUUUGAGGUCAUCACCAAGCGACUGCAAGAUAAUGAGGGCCAGCCCAUGGUAUUGAAAUUAAAGGAUUGGCCUCCAGGUGAAGACUUCAGGGACAUGAUGCCCACACGGUUUGACGAUCUGAUGGAUAACCUCCCCUUGCCUGAGUACACAAAGAGAGAUGGUCGUUUAAACCUUGCUGCCCGUCUGCCCAACUUUUUUGUGCGUCCUGACCUUGGACCUAAGAUGUACAAUGCCUAUGGCUUAACUUCAUCUGAAGACAGGAAGGUGGGAACCACUAAUCUCCAUCUGGAUGUGUCUGAUGCUGUCAAUGUCAUGGUCUAUGUUGGCAUUCCUCAAGUAGAGGGAGACCUGGGGGAAGAGGCAGAUAUCGAUGGAGAAAAAGAAGUCAUGACCACAAUUGAAGAGGGCGAUGUGGAUGAAAUGACGAAGAGGAGGGUGUACGAGGCAAAGGAGAAACCUGGAGCUCUCUGGCACAUCUACGCUGCCAAGGAUGCCGAGAAGAUCCGAGAACUGCUCCGCAAGGUGGGAGAGGAGCAGGGUCAAGAGAACCCUCCAGACCACGACCCCAUUCACGACCAGAGCUGGUACCUGGACCAGGUGCUCCGCCGCAGGCUCUAUGAAGAAUAUGGCGUUCAGGGUUGGGCCAUUGUACAGUUCUUAGGAGAUGCUGUAUUUAUCCCUGCUGGAGCGCCACACCAGGUGCACAACCUGUACAGCUGUAUCAAGGUGGCAGAGGACUUUGUGUCUCCUGAGCAUGUAAAACACUGUUUCAGACUGACCCAGGAGUUCAGACACCUGUCCACUACACAUACAAACCACGAAGACAAGCUACAGGUGAAGAACAUCAUCUAUCACGCAGUGAAGGACGCUGUUGGAACACUGAAGGCCCACGAACCUAAACUAGCACGCCCUUAGUUCUUCUAACGUAAUGCUGUCCGAAAACAGCCUCUGACGACCACUCCACUACGUACACAAACACAGUAUACAGUACAUACUUACAUACACAAGUACAGGCUGCAGAGUGCAGAGUACAAAGAUAAAGUGUAGGUUCUUUGGGGGUGGAAAGGUCUGGGUUUGGAGAAAGAGAACAUUUGAUUUGGGGAGGGAAUAGACGGGGAGGGGGUAGUCAGCGCUUCGAUGAAGGAAGUCCUUUAUCGCUGUUACACAGUACGCUCAAACUUGUCUAGUUGUUUUCCAAUUUUUUUUGGAUUAACUCUGUAUUUAAGGUCAGUGUGUUUGUUCUGUUGUUUUCAUUGUAUAUGUAAGAUGUGAGAGUAAGGGAGGUAAAAGCUGACGUGCCUUUGGAGCAAAGGUUCAGCUACCAUAUUAGCGACUGACAAAAUGUGAGUACUGGGCUAACUUUCCGAUUUUGAUGACGUUAUUAUUUUUCUUCGAUAGGAGCGAGGUUAACUUGUUUUUGUAGAUUUUUUGUUGUUGGAGUUUUUAAACAGCUCAUUGCUUCUGCCGUCUGGCUGAAAUGAAUUUGCGAGGCAGCCAGUGAUGGGAAGCAGACCAAAUUUUUUAGUUUUUUUAUUUCACUUUUGGAGUAAGAAGUCUUUAUUUUUAUUUUUUUUAUACACACCACAAGGCAAUGAUCAGGAGGACUUCAGAGAUGGCAGGUUUAAUUUUUUUUUUUUUUUUUUGGUCACCUGUCUUUGUCCCAUGGGCUUCAUGAACUGCAGACUUCCAACAACAUUGUUCAAGAAUCACAAUUGCAGCUGAACAAAACUACUGGCCAUUAACAUUGUACCAAUAUAUAUAUUGAUCUUAGCAGUCUGUUUGAUUUUUCACAAUAAAGUUUACAAAAACUA